AUGGUUGGAUUGUUCAACUCAACAUACAUGAAUGUAAAUCUGGCCAUCACUAUGACGUGCAUGGUCAACUCAACUGCCGUCGCAAUCGAAGACGAAGCAGUUGACCUUCGUGAUGUGGAGGGUAACAUGACAGGAUGGCGCAAUCAUGCCGCUGGCAUCACUGAUGCCUGCUCGUCCGCUGAAAGAACUCGAACUGUGCUCGAUUACGGAGUAAGCAAGUGUUAUUCAAACUAUAACUUUGAUUAUGAUGGAUUUUAA